AUGUAUUGCUAACAUUCGUCCUCCCUCCCCCAAAAUCAACACAGGCAAGCGACACCCAACACAGUCACAAUGCCCCACUCAGUCACUCACCGCCGGUAACCGGCCACUUCCUUCGCCCCUCUCACUGAAGUCGCCUCGCAGCACCGCAGCAGCAAGGCCAUUAGCCAGCAACCAGAAACGGCGGCACUCGGCACUGGCAACACUGAUGUGUUUUUGCAUGCAUGUGAAGGGAUUCUUUGAACAACAAAUGGUCUGGACUGUGAGGACUGUAUAUUGAAUUUUGUGAAAGUAUAAAUAAACAAUGGCUCCAUCGACUAAAGCAGAGAAGAAAGUAGUGGAUGCAGCUGCUUGGAUGUUCAAUGUUGUCACAUCUGUAGGAAUUAUAAUUGUCAAUAAAGCUCUCAUGGCAACAUAUGGCUACAGUUUCGCUACUACAUUGACGGGUUUGCAUUUCACAUUCACAACUAUUAUGACACUUAUUUUAAGAUGGCUUGGAUGUAUACAACCCUCUCAUUUGCCAUUGCCAGACCUGCUGAGAUUUGUUAUAUAUGCUAACUUUUCCAUUGUCGGCAUGAAUGUUAGCCUUAUGUGGAACUCAGUGGGAUUUUAUCAGAUUGCAAAGUUGAGUAUGAUUCCUGUAUCCUGCCUGUUGGAGAUUGUGGUAGACAAAGUUCGAUACUCCAGAGACACAAAGCUCAGCAUAGGUCUUGUUCUUGUAGGUGUUAGUGUCUGCACUGUUACUGAUGUCAGUGUAAAUACUAAAGGUUUUAUUGCUGCGUUUAUUGCGGUUUGGAGCACCUCUUUGCAGCAAUAUUAUGUACAUCAUCUCCAAAAGAAGUAUUCACUGAGUUCCGUCAACCUCCUUGGACAUACUGCACCUAUACAAGCUGGAUCCCUGCUUAUACUGGGUCCAUUUAUUGAUUAUCGGUUGACUAGCAAGAGAAUCGAUGCGUACAACUACACUUUACCAGCCGUGAUUUUUAUAACCCUCUCGUGCACCAUAGCUGUCGGGACAAACCUGAGUCAAUUUAUCUGCAUUGGUAGAUUCACGGCCGUAUCCUUCCAAGUGCUUGGCCAUAUGAAGACCAUCCUGGUACUCAUUCUUGGUUUCAUCUUCUUUGGAAAAGAGGGUCUAAAUCUACAUGUGGUUCUGGGCAUGAUCAUUGCUGUAGUCGGGAUGAUCUGGUAUGGAAAUGCUUCCUCAAAACCGGGUGGGAAAGAACGUAAGAGUCUUUCCUUACCUAAGCAGCAAAAGAACGGAGCAGACUCCUCGGAAUUUGAUUCGAAAGUCUGAAACCUAUUUUUCCCCCUUAAAAUUAUCGACACUCAAAGUGAUAUAGCAAUUACAUGAGACGAACUCGAGCGAUUUUUAUUGAUAAUAUAUGAGAUGAGGAUUCAAGUAGACUAUAUUGUCCCGUGAUUAGAUUUCUAAGAAAUUUUACACCCUUCCAUUUCUUUUUUUUUUUCUUUUGUAGUUUAAUUAUUAAUAUAUUUUUUCUGAUUUUAUUUGAACUAUAGUGUCAGUUUUCCCCAGAACUGAUAUUGAUUAUUGUCAAUAAAAUAUAAAUACUAGUACUAUUCUUUUGGCAUUUUUUUUGUCAUUCUA